AUGGAGAGCUUAAAUUUCCAAGAUGGCGCUAAUUCUGCAAAUACAUCCUUAAGAAUGCAAUCCAGACUUGGUCUUUUGAAGGCGAUACCAAAUUUCACGGAUGUGACAGAAUUUAUUCUUCUGGGGUUGACCAGUCGUCAGGAGCUUCAAGUUUUCUUUUUUGUGGUGUUCCUAGUAGUUUACAUGAUCACUCUGUUAGGGAACAUUGGUAUGAUCAUUCUGAUCAGCAUCAGUCCCCAGCUUCAGAGUCCUAUGUACUUUUUCUUGAGUCAUUUGUCUUUUGUGGAUGUGUGUUUCUCUUCCAAUGUCACCCCCAAAAUGCUGGAAAACCUAUUAUCCGAGACAAAAAGCAUUUCCUAUGUGGGGUGUUUGGUGCAGUGUUACUUUUUCAUUGCCCUUGUCCAUGUGGAGGUCUAUAUCUUGGCAGUGAUGGCCUUUGAUCGCUACAUGGCCAUCUGCAACCCUUUACUUUAUGGCAGUAAAUUGUCCAAGACUGUCUGUGUUCGCCUCAUCUCUGUGCCUUAUGUCUAUGGAUUCUCUGUGAGUUUAAUAUGCACAUUAUGGACAUAUGGCUUGUACUUCUGUGGAAACUUUGAAAUCAACCACUUCUAUUGUGCAGAUCCUCCUCUCAUCAAGAUUGCCUGUGGAGGGGUCCACAUCAAAGAAUACACAAUGAUUGUGAUUGCUGGAAUUAAUUUCACAUAUUCUCUCUCAGUGGUCCUCGUCUCCUAUAUUCUCAUUGUAGUAGCUGUGCUACGCAUGCGCUCUGCUGAUGGGAGGAGAAAGGCAGUCUCCACUUGUGGGUCCCACUUGACAGCUGUUACCAUGUUUUAUGGGACUCUCAUAUUCAUGUAUCUCAGGCGGCCCACAGAGGAGUCUGUGGAGCAGGGGAAAAUGGUGGCUGUGUUUUAUACCACCGUGAUUCCCAUGCUGAAUCCUAUGAUCUACAGUUUGAGAAAUAAGGAUGUGAAAGAGGCUGUCAACAAAGCAAUCCUCAAAGCAAACUUAGGGAAGUGA